AUGAGCCAAGCAAUUCCAGAACCCAUACCUGACCUCGGCGCCGGAAGCGCAGGCAAGGCAGCAGAACCACAUCCAGGAGGUCGAAUCAAGCAUGGAAGUUCGGUCCAGCUCCUCCGCCUAAUGGCCUUCACAUCAUGGCUCAAUGCUUGUAUUUUCACCAUACAUUUUACCCAGAUCCUUGGCUGGCCUCUCUACCUCGUCAAUAAGGACUACUACUAUGCUUACAUGGCCCUUACCAAGCAAUCUUUUGGACUAGUCGCUACCACAACAACUGCCUGGUUCAGUCCGACGGUCAUAAGAGUCAGUGGGGACAAGAGCGUCCGGGGGCAGUUGCUGCAGACGAAGGAUGGACGACUCGAGACUCGCUUCCCAGAAAGACUGGUCAUGAUUGCAAAUCAUCAAAUCUACACUGAGUGGCUAUACCUUUGGUGGGUGGCAUAUACGAGCAACAUGCAUGGUCAUGUCUACAUCAUCCUUAAAGAGUCCCUGAAAUACAUUCCAUUCAUCGGUCCUGGAAUGAUGUUCUACGGCUUCAUCUUCAUGGCACGUAACUGGGCAAAGGAUAAGACGCGGCUACAUCAUCGAUUACAGAAGCUCGUCAAGGGGCGCCAUGGUGGUCCGAUGUCAGGAGUAUCAGGGAUGGGAUCUCUUGAUCCGAUGUGGUUAAUCAUCUUUCCUGAAGGAACCAAUCUCUCGGCGAAUACUAGGAACCAAAGCCAGAAAUGGGCUGAUAAGCAAGGAAUCAAGAUUCUUGAACAUUCAUUGUUACCAAGGAGCACAGGCUUGCUAUACUGCUUGCAGGAACUGAAGGGUACAGUUGACUGGGUGUAUGACUGUACUUUGGCGUAUGAGGGCAUACCCCGCGGAAGCUUCGGCCAAGAUAUAUUCACACUUCGCUCGACCUACUUCCAAGGUCGGCCGCCAAAGUCUGUCAAUAUGUACUGGAGGCGAAUUCCUGUUUCCUCGAUCCCUCUUAAUGAUUCCCAGAAGUUCGAGCUAUGGCUUAGAAAUCAAUGGCAGGAGAAAGAAAACUUUUUGGAGUACUUCGCCCAAAAUGGUCGCUUUCCUGCAGAUGAUGGCCACGACUCGGAAGGAGAGCCUGCCACCAACGGCAACUCCGGUGCCCAGGUCCUGAAAGGGGCAGGCUUCAUCGAAACUGAAGUGAAACUGGCGCAUUGGUAUGAAGUCGGACAGAUCUUCGUAGUGCUGGCUGCUUUUGCUCUUGUUUCCAACGUUCUGGCGAAGCUUUGGAACAUGGUUCUUUAUGGUAGUCUAGUCGGUCAUGGGUGA